GGGACGGAGGGCAGGCGGAGUCCAGAGCCGCUCUGGCUUCGGGCCCUGCGAGCGCGAGCGAGUCUCAGGAAAUCGAUGAAGACGAAGGCAUCCACAGCCACGACGGCAGUGACCUGAGCGACAACAUGUCGGAGGGGAGCGAUGACUCGGGGCUGCACGGCGCGCGGCCGGUUCCCCAGGAGGCCGGCGCGAAAAGCGCCAAGGAGGCCCCGGCCGUCCAGGGGGCCGAGGGGGAUUUCGUGUGUAUCUUCUGUGAUCGCUCGUUCAGGAAGGAGAAGGAUUACAGCAAGCACCUCAAUCGCCAUUUAGUUAACGUGUACUUCCUUGAGAAAGCCGCGAAAGGGCAGGAGUGACGCCGCUUCGGACGAGUCCCGCUUUGGUCUGUAGGAGCCACUCCCCUUCCUUUUGCUCUGUGGUGGUGGGCGGCUUUUUGAGACUGCUUUCAUGAGUGCAGCGCUGAUCCUUCUCAGUGGCACUCGUUUCCUUAGGGCGUGUGCGUGCGGCACAGAUUUCAGUGAGCCCCGCUGCAGGGGUGCGUGUGCGGAAACCGGCAGGCGCCGCUGUGAGCCGGUCUCAGCUCCUGCUCGCCUGCUUCUCCGCGUCUGUCCUGUUCCACUUUAGUUUAUCCUUGCUAGUUCCUCCUUUAGCUCUGUAAAAAUUGGCUUGAGAGCAAAUUACUUGAAUUUGCCUGCUUUAUAUAAAGUUAGCACUUUAAGAUUUCUUUAGAGAUGAGAAAAGACAUUUAAACUGAAGAAAAAUUCUCCCAACAGUGGACAUUGUAUCAGUCCAGGUAUUUACUUCCUGAUUUUUGAUCAAUAUUUCAUGUUCUUGUGUUAAUCGUCAUAAAACAGUGAUUUUGGUGUUUUUUUUAUUUUGGUGCUUUAAUGGCUUAAGAUGUUGCACAUUGUUUUUUGUUUUUCUUUAACCUAUGCAGUUAAAUUUUUUCUAGAAGUAGCGUUUGUGUGGACCAGUAACACUUAUAUGCAUGUCUAUUUUGGCCGCUCUGGCGGGUGCUUUUGGGCUUGUGUGCGCGGCGGCGCUGUUGGCUCCUCUGCCGCAGCUGCCUCUGGCGGGAAUAGCGGUGUGCGCAGGGCUGUGAGCGGAUGGAACGCGCAGGUGCAGCCCGCCGAUUGUGAUUUCACUUCUCUAUGCCAGAAUCUGUAUUGUAUAAAUUAUUUAUUUUGAAUGAGUACAGUAAACUCACAGCUCUGUUAUGAUUUUUGUAAUAAACCACUAGGUUCCAUAGUGAACACAUUUGUAUUUCAAAUACCAGUCCUUUUUUUUUUUUUUUUUUUUUUUUUGGCUUGUUCUGGUAUAGCUACUUCCUAAUUGUAGUGUUACAUUGUAUCCUUAGCGGAACCUUUUUCCCAUGGAUAGUUGGUGUCCCUGUGCCUAUUCAGUUGACUGAAAAGCUGUAAGUGAUGUUUGGGGAUUUCAAACCUGGAACCAGGAGACCUAAUUAUUCAAGUUCUACAGAGUGUCAUUUGUGAGAAUCCAAAGCCAUAGCUCUUAGCACCACGCAUCUGUAAUGAGAGGUGGUAUGAAUUCUGGAAAGCCAGCUGCAGCUUCCUAUGAAUACAGUGAAUACGGCUUUUGAAUUUAAAUACAGUCCAGAUUGAAGUCCUACUUGCUCAGGGAUCUCCACACACUAGUGGGUGUCCUGCUGUCCCUGUGACAGCGUCUUGCUACAGGUGAGACCUCAAGUGAACUGCAGCUGUCCUGUGUCCCUAUGGGGCGCUGUGUAUGAAAGGGGUGCGUACUCCAAAACGCGGAGAUUCUUUGGCCAGUUGCCAAAGUGUGUGAACGAAUCCAACAUAGGAUUUUUUGUACUGUUAGGAGUUGUUCGCUGCAGUAAGAUUAAAUAUGAUCCCGAUGAGGGCAUCGUGAAUUCUGACCUCCCAUGUUCUGAAAGUAACCCUCUGCAUUUCAUUUACUUUCCUGGGGAUCUCUUUGAGGCAGGUUUCAGAUUAUGGCAGUACUCCCAUGCAAACUUGGGACAAGCAUUAAUGUAUGGUCAUCAGAUGUUAAAAAUCUGAGAGUGAAUUUCAGUUAAAAGAUAUUCAAACGUGAAAUUGACUGGGAGGCCAAAGAUUGAAAGAAGCAGCCGAUUCUCAAGACUCGUAAGUUAAGGUGUGUGGUGGUGGUGUGUGUUCUGUGUGCGUGAGUGGGAAUUGUACAUGUUGAAUUCUAGGCUCCGACAAUCAUUGUCAGCAGGAGAUCAAGCUGCAAGUAUUUAUGUUUUAAAACUUAAAUUAUAAAGCUAGUUAAAUCUUUCUAAUGACUAGUUUUAAUGUUGAUGAGCACAUUUUACCUGACUUACCUUUUACAUUAUAUUGAAAAAGAUUCACCUUAAACACAGAUUGGACGGUGGAAGUCUGUGUUGGGAAGAGGUCUUCGGGUUCUUUCAUAGCACAAAGGAAAGAGAUUUGCUUUCUGCUGAACUGAACAAAUUCCUGAUCUAGUCUUUAAGACUAGAACAUUAACAGCUAUGAAGGAAAGGGAAAUCCCAUGUUAAGUUGACCUGUAAAGACAUUGUUACUGGAAACUGAUUGGAACUCGAGGCUUUCUUCCCAAAAACAAGGACUUGAUCAUCAGGCCUAUAUUAGGUCCUGAACCUUAAUGCCAUAUGUUUGUACUGACUACAAAUUGUUUCAAUGAAAAGUAUGUUAGUAAUCAGAACUUCUGGUCCAGUUAGGAGUUCUUCCAUUUGCAAAAUAUGUUUGCGUGGAACUGUUUGAAUCUUUUUAUUUUCUAGUCCUCCUUCCUCCAGUAGAAUUGAAGCUAGAAUUUCCCUUUUGAUAAAAGAACAAAAAAUGAACAUGUUAUUUGUAAAUUGAUGUUUAGUAACUAGUGACAAACUUGAAAUACUAGAGAAUAUAUUAUAAGCCUAAUCCUAGGUAGUUUUAUGAAAAUGUAUGUUAUUUUUUGAACCUAUAUUCACAUUGGUUUUCAAGAUAUUUUAAGUUAUGUUUUUUCCUCUUUUUCAGAGCUGCUUAUGUGGGGGCUACCUUUUUUUAUUGUUGGCUUAAUUCAUAAGGGGCUGCAUUGUUUUGAUAAGGCUUCUUAUAGCUGUGGCUGAUGUUUUGCUCUAGUCUUCCAAGAAGGGCCAUUUCAGGGUCACUUCUAAAGUCAUGUGCUCACUGACUUUGGGGGCUGUUCGCAGAUGAGUCCGAUACAAACUAAACCCCAAGCUGACCUCAUGGCAUGUCCCGUGCAUGUUGACAGUGGCAGGAGUAGCUUGUCUGUACUGUACUGGCCCGACCGGACUGAAGAGCUGGCAAAGAAACUAUUUCCUUCUUUGCACAGAUCCGAAGAACUUAAAAAGCUGAAUGUGCUGAGGUCUCUUACUGGCCUCAGCAGAUGAAGUGAGCUGAUAGUGUUAAUUCGGAUUUAAGAAAUUGAAUCUUGGUUUGUGUAGACCUCCAAUCUACAUGCAACAUUAGCAAAACAGAUAGCUUUCACAGCUCCACGUGUGUGUAGCUCCCUCCCGCCCCUUCCACACCCAGUACUUACUGAACGUUGUAAACCGGCAUUGUAACAUUACAACAAUGUUUUGUUGCACCAAUUUUAUAAACUUUACAGUGCAAUACUUGUUACUUUUCUGAGGCAAACCAAAGGUGUAUUUCUCAAGGUUUUUGCUGCCUUCUUUAGCAGCAUUUGAUGGAGGAUCUUUUAUACAUUUGUAAUAGAUAAAAAUAAACCAGAUUGCAAAUCCUUUUUAAAAUCUUAAACCAUGUACCAACUUUUUGGUUGAAAUUGUAUAGGAUAAGUUAAAUUGCAUUCUUUUAACCAAUAUGAGUGUAUUCUGUAAGCAUAGUUAUGUUGAAAUAAAGUUGUAAAAAGCACGA